AUGGUCAAGCCACAGGUCAUCUCAGGUCGCACCUUUGAGGGACCACCGUUUGUGAGCAGUUUGACAGCCGUUGAGUUUAUUGACUUUGACAUCGGCAAGACGUACACUCAAAAGGUAACCUUCACGAACGUGAGCUAUGGCUUCAACAGCUUCAAGGUCUUGCCCUGUGAGGCUGAAGCUAUCCAAUACGAGUAUCAGCCGCCGGGUUCCAUCUCUGCGGGCCUCUCCAGCGAAGUACAGGUCGUGUUUCAUCCACAGGUGAACCGUGAUCUAGAAACGGUCAUGGUGCUUCAAACGCAGAGUGCCGAAGUGCGCGUUCCCAUCAUCUGUCGACGCAAACGCUGCAACGUGCAGCUGGUGCUGUUUGCCUAUGACGGCGCGUUUUCCGGCUUUUUGGCCCCUCGCACGGGCAUUAGUAUCGGUGUGCACUUCACCCCGCAGAGCGAAGGUGCCUUUGAGGACCGUUUGCGCAUCAGCUUCUCCGACUCGGAUGCCAAGCCUUUGGAGCUAACCGUCGUGGGCCAGUGUCGCCGUAUUCCUGUCUUUUUCAAGGACACCUCUGUUGACUUUCGCAUAUGCUGUCAGAACCACGAAUACGUCGUGUCUGUGCCCUUGUGCAAUACCAACUCUUCUUCUUCCUCCAAGGUGGCUUUCAGUGUGCCGCCCGAAGCCGCGUCAACGUUGCAGGUCAAGCCGGUAGGCUGCGUUCUCCAGCCGAACAGCACCCAAUCCGUGCAGCUCUGUCUUGCACCACGUGCAGACAGCUUGACGGUUUUGGAACACUUGGCUGAUCGUGAAACCGGUGACAUGCGUGUCCCCGUCACCAUGAACGUGGAAGGGCAGGCACUGCCAUCCCAAAUUCUUGUCAAAGCGCAUCUCACACCCAACAAUCUCCUAGUACGCCCCACGCACUUGGACUUUGGUCGGGUCGGAGUGUACGAGACUGUUGUCCGAUCCGUCGAGCUUUGCAACGAAUCGGCUUUGCCACAGCGCUUCGCCUUCACCAAGCUCCCAGACUACGUGACAAUCUGU